CGAACGUCGGAGUUUGCGGAUUGUAAUAAAAGAGCAAGCACAGAGAGAGCGAAAAAGACAGAGAGAGCGAUAGAGCGAGAGCGAGUGGGAAGGCACAGCGAAUUUCGAGCAUAAAGCAAAGCCCGCAACACGUGAAACAGCCAGCCAAUUGGUUUCAAUUUCGAUUCUGAAAGUCGAGCGACAAGAACGUGCGAUUCGAGAUGUCCACCACAACCACAUCCAUUGAGGGCUACAAGCUCGGCAAGGUCAUCAUCGAGGGCAAGACCAAGCAGGUGUACGAUCUGCCGGAGCAGCCGGGAUUGUGCCUGCUCCUCAGCAAGGAUCGCAUCACCGCCGGCGAUGGUGUCAAAGCUCACGAUCUGGCCGGCAAAGCGGAGAUCUCCAAUACCACCAACGGCCAGGUCUUCAGGCUGCUCAACGAGGCAGGCAUUCGCACCGCCUAUGUGAAACAGUGCGGCGCCAAGGCCUUCAUCGCCCGCAAAUGCCAGAUGCUACCCAUUGAGUGGGUGACCCGCCGCCUGGCCACCGGUUCGUUUCUCAAGCGCAAUGUCGGAGUGCCCGAGGGCUACAGGUUCUCGCCGCCCAAGCAGGAGACGUUCUUCAAGGACGAUGCCAACCACGAUCCCCAGUGGAGCGAGGAGCAGAUUAUCUCGGCCAAAUUCGAGCUGAAUGGCCUGGUGAUCGGCCAAGAUGAGGUGGACAUUAUGCGUAGAACCACACUGCUGGUCUUCGAGAUUCUCGAGAGGGCGUGGCAGACCAAGAACUGCGCCCUGAUCGACAUGAAAGUGGAGUUCGGUAUCUGCGCCGAUGGCAACAUUGUGCUGGCCGACAUCAUUGAUUCCGAUUCGUGGCGUUUGUGGCCAGCGGGUGACAAGCGUUUGAUGGUCGACAAGCAGGUGUAUCGCAAUCUGGCAGCGGUGACUGCCAGCGAUUUGGAUACGGUGAAGAGGAACUUCAUUUGGGUGGCCGAACAACUGGUUGAUAUUGUGCCCAAGAAGGAUCAUCUGGUUGUCGUUCUGAUGGGCAGUGCCUCCGAUAUAUCGCACAGCGAGAAGAUAGCCACCAGCUGUCGAUCCCUUGGCCUCAAUGUGGAACUCCGCGUGAGUUCCGCCCACAAGGGACCGGAGGAAACCCUGCGCAUUGUCCGCGAAUACGAAUCGGUGAUGAGCAACCUGAUCUUUGUGGCCGUAGCCGGGCGAUCCAAUGGACUGGGUCCAGUCGUUUCCGGCAGCACCAACUAUCCGGUGAUCAAUUGUCCGCCCGUCAAAUCGGACAACAUGCAGGUGGACGUGUGGUCCAGCUUGAAUCUGCCAUCGGGCCUGGGCUGUGCCACAGUCCUAUAUCCAGAGGCAGCUGCUCUGCAUGCGGCCACCAUUCUGGGGCUGGGCAACUUCAUGGUCUGGUCGAAAUUGCGUGUCAAGGCGCUCAACAACUUUAUCACUCUCAAGAAGGCCGACAAGGAGUUGCGCGGCGUGCGAAAUGCUUAGUUGUGCCAACUGCUGGGUGAUCACCUAGAGAUGUCAGCAUUGGAUAUCAACCAGGAGGCCAUAUAGAGAAUCCUCACCUGAUCAUUGCCGUUCGGCGAUCAUCCAGGGAUCCCAUAAAGGUCAUCAUCAGAUCCCAUUCUUUGUUAAUUCUUCUUUUCUCCUUAUUUUUUUUGUAUAC